UAGUUCAUCAAAUUAAGCUAACAAUGCAACAAACGCCGCAUUAUAAACUUUAUUUCUUCAAUGCGAUGGGAAGAGCCGAAAUAAUUCGCCUAAUUUUCGCUCAUUGUGCAGUACCAUAUGAAGAUAUUCGUCUAACCAAAGAUGAAUUUGAACAAAAGAAAGACACAUUUCCGUUUGGGCUAUUACCAGUUCUCGACGAAGAUGGGAAAAUUUUGUCGCAAUCUCAUGCAAUCGCUACUUAUUUGGCAGCUAAAUAUGGACUGAAUGGUGCAAAUGAUUGGGAAGCUGCAAAAAUUCAAGAAUUUUUCGGAGUUUUCGCAGAUUUGGCUAAUAAAGCAAUUCCUAUAUUUCGAAUGCCCGAUGGAUCCGAAAAGAGCCAGAAAAUGACAGAAUUUGCGAAGCACAAUUUAGCUCCACUUUUUAAACGCUUAUCAAAGAUUUUGCUUGAGAAUCAAAACACUUAUUUUGUUGGAAAACAGUUAACAGUGGCUGAUUUGAAUAUGCUUUGUAUAAUUGGGUUAUUCGGACAUAUGUUUCCUGAUACAAUCAAAGAACAUGAAAAUCUUAAACAAUUUCGUGAAAGAAUUAUGAAUUUGCCAAAUAUCAAAAAGUGGAUUGAAACUCGCCCAAUAACUGAGUAUUGA